AUGGAGCACGUGAGCGACAAGCUCAAGGUGCUCGACUGCCAGCAGCGCUUCUGCGCCGCUCGCGACCGGGCGCCGCUCGAGCGCUGGUGCUUCGCGGCGCCCGCGCGGAACCCGAGCAUCCAGUUCAUGCUCUUCCUGGACCUGUGCUCCUGGCUCAUGGCGGAGAUCACGGGCGACACGGGCUUCUUCCGCGUCGACAAGUUCGACGACCCGAACACGUCCGUGAACAAGUUGAUGCUGGCGUUGCGGAAAUUGGAAUUCGGGUUGGACUUCCCCACCUCAAAACUCAAGCAGGCCCACGGCGAGGCGGCCGUGGGCGUGCUCGACUUCCUGACGGACCGCUGCGUGGAGAAGAACUUCCAGUGGCGGCACCCGGAGUACUCGGGCGAGGCCGAGGAGGAGGCGGCGGCCGACGAGGACGCGGACGUCGGCGGCGGCAUCGAGGACGAGAUCGAGGCCGUCGAGGAGGAGGAGACGCUCUUCAAGGAGAGCGCGCCGGCGGACGUCGAGGAGGACGACCCGGCCUACAAGGCGCAGCACGAGAUCCUGAAGAGCGGCAUCGACCCCCUCGUGUGGCAGACGGAGCUCGAGCGCGUCGGCCCGCGGCUCCGCGUCGCGGCGGCCGCGGCGGGGGGCAAGGAGUGGCGCGCCCACAUCGAGCAGACGAAGCUCAACGAGGAGAAGAUCCGCGAGGUCAUGCCCGCGACGGAGAAGCAGCUCAAGGCCAUGGGCGAGCGCGUCUCCGACGCGCGCGACAAGAUCAAUCUGAAGGAGAACUACAUCAACAAGCAGUUCGAGCACGACAAGCAGUCCUACGCGACGCUCAAGCAGGAGCUCGACGCCGUCGAGCGCUCCUUCAACGAGUCCACGGAGAACGUGAACAAGCUCACGAACGAGCUCGGCGGCAUCGCGGAGCAGCUCGACGAGAUGAAGGGCACCAUGGCCGACCGCGGCAACUCCAUGACGGACACGUCGCCCCUCGUCCAGAUCAAGCAGGCCCUCAAGCAGAUCAAGCAGGAGGUCGUCACCUUCGACCUCCAGAUCGGCGUCGUCGGCCACACGCUCAUGCAGCAGAAGCUCCGC